GGCCGCCCCGUGUCCCCGGUGGAGCCGCCGCCGCCGCCGCCAGUAGCUCGAUGCGGACGGAGCCCGGCCCGGGCCAUGGGGAUCCUCAGCAUCACGGACCAGCCGCCCCUGGUCCAGGCCAUCUUUAGCCGAGAUGUGGAGGAAGUGCGUUCCCUCCUCUCGCAGAAGGAGAACAUCAAUGUACUGGACCAAGAGAGGCGGACCCCAUUGCAUGCUGCUGCCUACGUAGGCGAUGUCCCCAUCCUCCAGUUGCUACUGAUGUCAGGUGCUAAUGUCAAUGCUAAGGACACACUGUGGCUGACUCCUCUUCAUCGUGCUGCUGCUUCCCGAAAUGAGAAGGUGCUGGGACUGCUGCUGGCACAUUCAGCAGAUGUGAAUGCCCGGGACAAGCUGUGGCAGACCCCAUUGCACGUGGCUGCCGCCAACCGGGCCACGAAGUGUGCUGAGGCUCUGGCACCCCUAUUGAGCAGCCUCAACGUCGCUGACAGGAGCGGACGCAGUGCCCUGCACCAUGCAGUGCAUAGUGGGCAUUUAGAGACGGUGAACCUGCUCCUGAACAAGGGAGCCAGCCUGAAUGUCUGUGAUAAAAAGGAGCGGCAGCCUCUGCACUGGGCAGCUUUUCUAGGGCAUUUGGAGGUCCUGAAACUGCUGGUGGCACGGGGGGCAGACCUCAGCUGCAAGGACCGUAAGGGCUAUGGGCUGCUCCACACAGCUGCUGCCAGUGGCCAGAUAGAAGUGGUGAAGUACCUGCUCCGGAUGGGGGCUGAGAUCGAUGAGCCCAAUGCUUUUGGAAACACAGCUUUGCACAUCGCCUGCUACCUGGGCCAGGAUGCUGUGGCUAUUGAGCUGGUGAAUGCAGGAGCCAAUGUCAACCAGCCAAAUGACAAGGGCUUCACGCCGCUGCACGUGGCUGCAGUUUCCACCAAUGGCGCUCUCUGCUUGGAGCUGUUGGUCAAUAACGGGGCUGAUGUCAACUACCAGAGCAAGGAAGGGAAAAGUCCUCUGCACAUGGCUGCCAUCCAUGGUCGUUUCACCCGCUCCCAGAUCCUCAUCCAGAAUGGCAGCGAGAUUGAUUGUGCUGACAAAUUUGGGAACACGCCACUGCACGUGGCUGCUCGCUACGGACAUGAGCUACUCAUCAGCACCCUCAUGACCAAUGGCGCGGAUACCGCCCGGCGCGGCAUUCACGACAUGUUCCCUCUGCACUUAGCUGUUCUCUUUGGAUUCUCUGACUGUUGUCGUAAGCUUCUUUCCUCAGGUCAGCUGUACAGCAUUGUAUCUUCACUCAGCAAUGAGCACGUGCUUUCAGCUGGGUUUGACAUCAAUACACCUGACAACCUUGGCCGCACCUGUCUUCAUGCUGCUGCUUCUGGAGGGAAUGUUGAAUGUCUUAAUUUGCUGUUGAGCAGUGGAGCUGACUUGAGGAGGAGAGACAAAUUUGGAAGGACCCCACUGCACUAUGCAGCCGCCAAUGGCAGCUACCAGUGUGCGGUCACACUGGUGACUGCUGGGGCGGGUGUCAACGAGGCCGACUGUAAAGGCUGUUCUCCCCUCCACUAUGCUGCCGCCUCUGACACCUACAGGAGAGCGGAACCCCACUCAUCUUCCAGCCACGAUGCUGAAGAGGACGAGCCACUGAAGGAGUCCCGCAGGAAGGAGGCCUUCUUCUGUCUGGAGUUCUUACUGGAUAACGGUGCAGACCCCUCCCUGCGGGACAGGCAGGGCUACACAGCUGUGCACUAUGCAGCCGCCUACGGCAACAGACAGAACCUCGAACUGCUUUUAGAAAUGUCCUUUAACUGCCUGGAGGAUGUGGAGAGCACCAUUCCAGUCAGCCCUUUGCACUUAGCUGCCUACAACGGUCACUGUGAAGCCCUGAAGACACUGGCUGAGACGCUGGUGAAUCUGGAUGUAAGGGACCACAAGGGCCGGACCGCGCUCUUCCUGGCCACUGAGCGAGGCUCUACUGAGUGUGUGGAGGUGCUUACGGCCCACGGCGCCUCUGCCCUCAUCAAGGAGCGCAAACGCAAGUGGACACCCCUGCACGCUGCUGCUGCCUCUGGCCACACUGACUCCCUGCACUUGCUGAUCGACAGUGGGGAACGUGCUGACAUCACUGAUGUCAUGGACGCCUAUGGACAAACCCCACUGAUGCUGGCCAUCAUGAAUGGCCACGUGGAUUGUGUCCAUCUGCUGCUAGAGAAAGGAUCCACAGCUGAUGCUGCUGACCUCCGGGGCCGCACCGCCCUCCACCGUGGGGCAGUGACUGGCUGUGAGGACUGCCUGGCUGCCCUGCUGGACCACGAUGCAUUUGUGCUGUGCCGAGACUUCAAGGGCCGCACCCCCAUCCACCUGGCCUCAGCCUGUGGCCACACUGCAGUGCUGCGGACGCUGUUGCAGGCCGCCCUUUCCACAGACCCCCUGGAUGCUGGCGUAGACUACAGUGGAUACUCGCCCAUGCACUGGGCCUCCUACACUGGACAUGAAGAUUGUCUGGAGUUGUUACUUGAACACAGCCCGUUUUCAUACCUGGAGGGAAACCCCUUCACUCCUUUGCACUGUGCAGUAAUUAAUAACCAGGACAGCACCACAGAGAUGCUGCUGGGAGCUCUGGGUGCCAAGAUUGUGAACAGCCGAGAUGCCAAAGGACGGACCCCUCUUCACGCCGCUGCCUUCGCGGACAAUGUAUCUGGGCUCCGGAUGCUACUGCAGCAUCAAGCCGAGGUGAACGCCACUGACCACACUGGCCGCACUGCGCUCAUGACGGCGGCCGAGAACGGCCAGACCGCUGCUGUGGAAUUUCUGCUGUAUCGAGGGAAGGCAGACCUUACUGUGCUGGAUGAGAACAAGAACACUGCCCUCCACUUGGCUUGUAGCAAGGGCCAUGAGAAAUGUGCCCUCAUGAUCCUGGCAGAAACCCAAGACCUUGGCCUUAUCAAUGCUACCAACAGUGCGCUGCAAAUGCCACUCCACAUUGCUGCCCGGAAUGGUCUAGCUUCUGUGGUGCAGGCCCUGCUGAGUCGUGGAGCCACAGUGCUGGCUGUGGAUGAAGAAGGUCAUACCCCAGCGCUGGCCUGCGCCCCCAACAAAGAUGUGGCAGACUGCCUGGCCUUGAUCCUCUCCACCAUGAAGCCUUUCCCACCCAAGGACGCUGUCAGUCCUUUCAGCUUCAGCCUGCUCAAGAACUGCGGCAUCGCAGCAGCCAAGACGGUGGGUGGCUGCGGCGCCCUGCCCCAUGGGGCUUCCUGCCCCUACAGCCAGGAGCGGCACGGCGCCAUUGGGUUAGAUGGCUGCUACUCGGAGUAGCCCCCCAUCAGUGUCCCUCCCCCUGCCGGUGGCUUGAUAUCUUAUUCUAUUUAUUUAGAAAAAGUCUAUACAUUUAGGGCACUUUAAAGGAGAACACGACUGGGUGGGGGGGACAGAGGGGGAAUAAAAGCACUGGGGAGCAGCUGCUCACCCCUUUGCCACACCAUCCUGGCCUGGCAAGGGUCUGGGACCGACAGGGAGCACCCCAGGCCCUUGGCACCCCCAGGGCAACCCCUUCUGCCAAGUGUCCCCAAAUGAUUGCUAAAUGCCUGGCUACCCUCUCUUUUACCCCAUCUCUCAGUUCCCCCUUUCUGCUGCCAACUCCCCCCACCCUUCUCUCUGUUUCUCCUCUGUGUCCCCCUGCCCCUACUGCCAGGCAGAUCCCUCCUCUUCUUCCAUACCCAUCACUGCCUCCCUGCUCGGCUGGCCCCUCCAUCCCCGCAGCAGUGAGAAGCCUUAAUUUCUGGUACUGUGUGAGCACUCUGGGGGUGUCCCCCUCCCCCUUCAGGGGCAGCUAGUGGAUGAGGGGGGAGGGUAUUUAGCACUGGGGCCUGGAGCUUUUCCCCACUUCUGUACCCCAUCACCCCUAAAGUUCAAAUGCAAAACACUUGAAGCAGCAACUACUGUACCUGGGCCCCAAUCCUGCACUCUCCCCUGGCUCCUCAUAUGCAAAUCAAGGGCUGGUUCUGCCCCCACAGCCUGCUCCUCCCUGACUCCCUUCCACUCCUGGCCUGGCCCCCUAACCACGCACUUUAACCUUGCUUCUUUCUUUUAACUUCUUUUGGGAGGGCAGAGCCUGUGGCCAUUCUCUCCCUGGCUCCCCUCUCCCUUAAUUUUGAGGCUUGUCAUGAAUUUUUAAGUAAGCAUUUUAUCCUUUAGGCGAAGAAACAAGUUAAUUUCCUGCCCAUUUCAAAACCACAGCCCUAGUAUGUCCUGUGUGUUUCAGGCAUGUGUUUGCAUGUGUGAGGAGGGAAGGACAAUGUUCUUCCUCCUGUGCCCCCCAAACCCAUAGGUCCUCUGUGCCCCCACCUGUUAUGUCCAAGAGUCCUCACCGCCCCCAGUCACUCCUGAUCUGAAGCCAAAGAUGGUGGGAGGGGCAGGGCAGACUAGAGACCAUGGCUACUCGGGACCCAGGCUUCCCCACCAGUGUGAGGAUGAAGCUCUGAUCUAGGGAGCGACGAAUACACACUGAGACUUGGUCCCUGCCCUCCAAGUAGCAGGGAGAGAUGGGAUUGAGCUAGGGGCUGCACUGAGAAGAUUCCUAAAAGUCGCACCCCAAAGCCAAACUGGGCCAGAGUGAGGAGGGGGCAGUUUUCUCUCUAAAUGUAGCAUUGAAUUUGGCCCUGGUCCCUUCAAACACCCUGUCCAUCCAUCUCCCAGCUAAGCCUCCUGGACAGUUCAACCCACUCCCAUAGCCCAGUGUUCCCUUCCUCACACUCAAUACCUCAGCCAGGGGCCAAGACACAGAACUUGAAUAGAGGUCAUGCCCCCUCCACCCACACAGUGCAUCCUUGCCCAGUUUGGCUGCCAUCAGUAUUGUCCCCUGAGAACUGGACAGGCUUCGUUUACACAGUACAGGGUCUCCUCCGGGGGAUUCCUCAGUCUCCUCCCCCCCGCCACCCCUGCACGCUUGCUUUGUUCACAACCUCACCCACUUUUCAGUUUGUUUCCUGUAAGUCUUGCCGCCCUUGCCAAGGGUGGGCUGAGGGGGGAGGGGGCAUCCCAGGGACCCCUGCCUCCCUAACAGAUACCCUUAACCAUACCUCAUGCUGGUUCCCUGAAGCCUGGGGUGUUUGUCCAAGUCCUUUUUUUUUGUCAUGGUCUCUUUCUAUCCCCUCUCUCUGUGUCUUGCUUCUCCCAACCCUCAGUUCCUAAACCAUUUCAAAGCUUCCAAAUGACCAUUAUUGGUGAGAAGGAUUGUGCAGCUUUUAGUUUUUAGUUUUGUUUUCAAAGCCAAAGGGCCUUGCGACACCCCUCUUGCCCACCUCCCUUCACACCCUGUCCUCCCCUAUACGACAAUCAAUGUGACCUCUCUUAAGGGCUGCAGCCCCCCUAACCCCAACCCCGCUGGUUCUGCAAAGCUUGCCCCUAACUUCAACUCUCUCUCCUGAAAUCUUCCCAUUCCACCCCCUCCCUCUCAUUUUGGUGCUGGGAAUAGGUGAUGGGGGGCAGGGGGAGCAGAGAGAUGGAUUCUCCAGAGAAGACUCAUGGGGUAUCAGUCGUGUUCUCUUUUCUCAAUGUUUGGCGAUGACAGGAAGAUUCUGAGUAUUUGUCAGGAGCCCCAUUGUGUUGCUAGAUGAGAUUUCUGGUGGCUGCCUGUCCCCCUGCUGCCCCUUCAGCACACCGUCAGCAGUGCUGGGGCAGGUUGUGGGGAGUCCUCUGCCCCUCCUCAUGUGGCUGUGAGGAGGCGUGGAGGUUGAGCAGCUUCCUCUCCUUAUGCCAAAGGAAAUCCCACACCCCACCCCGGGCUCCCCAGCCCCUAGUGUUUUUUGAAGCGUUUUGACCAUUCUCAUGGCCACUGCAUAUUUAUUUUAAUGUUAAGAUUUUUUUUAAACCUCUUUGACUUAAACGGGUGUGGAGAAGUAAAACAGGCAGAAUGCCCCCCAAUCUUAAGGGGGUAGGGUGGGGAGGAAACACCUCCUUCCCUUUGCCCCCCCCCCCCCCCCCCCCCACCGCAGCUCUAAAGCACUUGCUUCAAGUAAUAAGCACUUUUGAGAAAAGGCCUAUUUUAAGUGAGGACCCUGGGAGCAGCCCCAGGUCCCAGCAAAGGAGACAGAGCGAGGGCUACAUAGGAGACAGGGAAACAGGUGUGUGAAUCAGAGGGCGAGAUGAAGAGCCAGUUUUUAGUUUCUGAUUUUUGGGGAGAUGUUUCUGAUUGGGCGGUGGCUUUGGUAGGGUUGUGUACUAUCCUUCAGAAAAACAAAUGGCACAAACUGUGGGCCCCAGGAUGGGCCAACAAACCCGGGUCACUGCCACUGUCCAACUGAGACUGAUGGGCCACCUCCCCCGCUGUGGCCCCCUGAGCCAUAGGACUGCUGAAAACCACUGAAUGUACAGCCCAGGUUGGGGUGGGGAGUAGCCCCUGGGGGAGGGGGCUUCUCCUUCUGUUUGGUGCUGUGGGGGGUGGGAGAGAUGAGACUGAGGGACUGCCACCCCACUUAGACAUGUGUUCCUUGGGGUGGAGGGGCUGAGGAGGGCCUACCUCCCUCUCUAACCCCAGCAUGGCCCCUCUUCCUUCCUCAUCCCUAUCCGUUUUGACUGUAAGUCCAGCUCACCUUUGCCUUCAAUAUGUAACCAAAGGAAAACUCAA